AACACCUGCUUUCCUCCUAAUCCCAGCAUAUAAAUAAGAGAAUCCCCAUCAUCUGGAGACCCGAACGACACACUUCGAAUCCAAAAACGGCAUCGAAAAUGGCGAAACCGAUCUCCCAAUCCCUGAUCUGUGGCCUCCUAGCUCUAUUCAUGGUGUCGUUGGCUCUCGGCGCCUCCGACGACGUUCCCUUCAUCGUCGCCCACAAGAAGGCCUCUCUCACCAGGCUCAAGUCCGGCUCCGAGCGCGUCUCCGUCUCCAUCGACAUCUACAACCAAGGAUCUCUGACGGCAUAUGAUGUAAGUUUGAAUGAUGAUAGCUGGCCCCAGGAAAUCUUUGAUGUAGUUAGCGGUAACAUUUCAAAGUCAUGGGAGAGGCUUGAUGCUGGUGGAAUUCUAUCCCAUUCUUUUGAAUUGGAGGCCAAAGCGAAAGGACUUUUCAAUGGUGCACCUGCUGUCAUCACAUUCCGUAUUCCCACGAAGGCUGCUCUACAGGAAGCAUAUUCAACUCCAAUCAUUCCUCUAGAUGUUCUUGCUGACAGGCCUCCUGAGAAGAAGUUUGAGUGGGUUAAGAGACUGUUGGCUAAAUAUGGGUCUCUGAUAUCUGUGAUCACCAUUGUGGUUCUGUUCGUGUACCUGGUUGCCACUCCUUCCAAAUCCGGUGCUGCAAAAGGAAGCAAGAAGAAGCGCUAAGACAAUUGAAUGGCGUCGCAAUUGAGCCUCUCGAAGCAGUAGCAUGGCUCUAUGUACCAGUUUAAUUUUAUACGCCGCGUUAGUGACCUAUGAUCCUUUGUUAGAGAUUUUAUGAGAAUAGUUGUUGACGAUGCUAGGACCAGGCAUAGCUUGAAACGGGUAUUGGGACAUCCGGGAUCAUUGACUUACUAUCAGUUUUGAAAGAGACAUUAUAUUUUGCUUAUGAUGUUGUUAGAAUUUCAGUACUCAAUGAGAAGUGGGCUUCAUGUUGCCCUCAAUACCAUGUGUGAUAAAAUUAUGGAUAUGAUUACGUGAACUUAGUACUUAGUAGCGAGUCCUUGAGAACUUGUUUGGCGGGUGGGAAAGUAAAAGAAAGGAAGGCUUGAGGGGAUUACUGGAAGGAUUUUGGUGCCAGCCAUGGUGGUUGGUAGGAGAGAAAAGAGUAGGGAAUGGAUUGGGUGAGACAAUCCAUACCAAGAAGGGAAAGGUCCUCUCCUCUAUUUUUCUCAGUUUGUAAUUGUUUGUCCUUUUUUUUUA